UUCCAAUAACUCAUGCAUGAAAUACGCACGGCAAGCACAAAUUACCUCCAAUAAAGUGUUGGAUUUUCUUUACAAAAUAACAUGCCCGAUGCCCUAAAAAUCUGUCAAGGACUACAAGUAACCGUUAACAGAGUUAAACUAUGAUGACAAGGAUUGGGUUUCGAAACGGCACGUCUUGCCAACAAAGUGAAACUAGCAAGGGACGGUGCAUAUAUAGUGCGAGCAGAAUCCGACGACGCUCUCCACAAAAGAAAGCAUUAGAAUAACUUGAGGCUUUGAAAAAGCCAAAGCGAUCCGGAAUGUUAAACCAAGAAGAAAAGCCCUUCACUUGCUUUGGCGGCCGGCAAACAAUCCGAUUCGCCCCUCGUGUAUAAAAGUCCGAAUGGAAAGGCCCUCACUUCAACAAGUGAUCACUGCCUUUCUGCCACAUAUCCAACAUGGCCCAGCCCCUUCAUUUUCUUUUCAUUCUCAUCCUUUUACCUUGCUUGAAAAUUGAAGCUUUCUUGGACGAAGUCCCCUCCGACACCAGCAACCAGUUAGACCUCCACGCCAUGAUUGCCAAGGUCUGCAUGGACGUGGAAGACCAAAACACAUGCCUCACCAAUAUCCAGAACGAGAUCGUCAAGCAUGGGCCUCCCACCCCAUCUUCAGUUGUCACUGCCGCACUCCGAGCCACUCUCAACGAGGCCAUGGGUGCCAUUGACAAAAUCUCCAAGUUCAGCACUUUCUCCAUUAGUUAUCGCGAGCAAGUAGCCAUCCAAGACUGCAAGGAGCUCCUUGAUUUCUCUGUGUCGGAGCUGGCCUGGUCGCUGGGCGAGAUGAGGAGAAUUCGUGCGGGUGAUGAAAGCGUUGAUUAUGACGGAGACCUCCAGGCUUGGCUAAGUGCAGCACUCAGCAACCAGGACACGUGUCUCGAGGGCUUCGAGGGCACCGACCGGCGCCUUCAGGGUUACAUCAGCGGAAGCUUGACGCAAGUCACCCAGCUUAUAAGCAACGUUUUGGCUUUGUACACUCAACUGCACAGCUUACCCUUUAGGUCUCCGGCGAAUAAAACCCGAUUAGCAAAUUAUCAGAGCUCGGAGUUUCCGGAAUGGAUGACGGAGGGAGAUCAGGAGCUGCUCAGAUCUCCGCCGCGAGGGGUGCAUGCGGACGCUGUUGUGGCGUUGGACGGGAGCGGCCAUUACCGUUCCAUCUCGGAAGCCGUCGAUGCAGCUCCAAGGCAGAGCAAAGGGAGGUAUGUUAUUUACGUGACAAAGGGGAUUUAUAAAGAGAACGUGGAUCUGAAGAGGACGAAGCCCAACAUCAUGCUCGUAGGAGAAGGUAUUGGCAAGACCAUCGUCACAGGCAACCGCAAUUUCAUGCAAGGAUGGACUACUUUUCGAACCGCAACAGUUGCUGUGUCGGGAAAGGGAUUCAUAGCAAGGGACAUGUCGUUUCGAAACACAGCAGGACCAGUGAACCAUCAAGCUGUGGCUCUGCGGGUGGAUUCAGACCAAUCAGCGUUCUACAGGUGUAGCAUAGAAGGUCACCAAGACACACUGUAUGCCCACUCACUCAGACAAUUCUACCGUGAAUGCGAAAUCUACGGCACCAUAGACUUCAUAUUCGGGAACGGAGCCGCCGUGCUGCAGAACUGCAAGUUGUACACGAGAGUGCCGCUGCCAUUGCAGAAGGUCACCAUAACGGCGCAGGGCAGAAAAAGCCCACACCAGAACACGGGGUUUGUAAUCCAGGACAGCUUUGUUCUGGCCACUCAACCCACCUAUUUGGGCAGGCCAUGGAAGCAGUUCUCAAGAACAGUGUACAUCAACACCUACAUGAGUGGCCUUGUGCAGCCCAGAGGGUGGCUCGAGUGGGCUGGAAACUUCGCCUUGAACACCUUGUGGUACGGCGAGUAUAAGAACUACGGACCUGGUUCCGCCCUGGGGGGGAGGGUCAAGUGGCCUGGUUUUCACAUUAUUAAAGAUCCCGCCGCCGCCAACGAUUUCACUGUUCAGCACUUCAUUGACGGCGGUUCGUGGUUGCCAGCAACGGGUAUUAGGUUCACGGCUGGUUUGACCAAUUGAGUAUUAUAUUGAUGGCGCCUGGACGUUAUUAGCAUAUGAGAAGUCCAAUAAUUACAACAUUGGAGGAUGAAGAUGUUAUUAUUUGUAGUGCUUUGACUCUUUAGAUUUAGGCCCUCAUAUUAUAUUAUUUUUGAGUGGCCUGAGAUGUGGUGUUUGUAAGAAAUAACAUAGGUUGAAUUUACAUGAAUUUUUGUGAUUCAAUGUUAAUUUUUAAUAUAUAUAUAUAUAAUGUAUUUUUUAUUGGA